GUCCAAUCUGGUUUCCUCGCCGCGCGCCGAAAUGAAGUCCGCACGAGCAGCGCAGUUGACGGCGGGGAAGGCGCUGGUGGUGGUGGGGUCGGCGAACGCGGACGUGUACGUGGAGGUGGCGCGCAUGCCGCUGGCGGGCGAGACGGUCAGCGCCACCUCGGGCUGCACGUUGCCCGGCGGCAAGGGCGCCAACCAGGCCGCGGCGGGCGCCCGCCUGGGACAUCCCACGUACCUCAUCGGACAGGUGGGCAGCGACGCCAACGGCGCGAUGCUGUCGGCAGCGCUGGCAGGCACGGGCGUGCGCGUGGACCACCUGGUCACGCUAGGCGCGCCCGCGCCCGCCUCUUCCUCCGCCGCCAUGACGUCCGCGCACCCCAGCGUGGUGGCCGCCAACGCCGCCAAGGCGGAGGCCGAGGCAGCCCUGAGCCAGGCGCAUGCGGCAGCGCAACGAGCACAGCUGGCUGCGGCGACUGCGAGCCGGGAGGCACAGGCUGCUGGUGGCGGUAACUUCCGAACAGGGGCUGCGAGUGCCGCUGCAGCCACCGCACAGGCGGAGGCAGAGGCAGCAGCUGCAGCCCAGAGAGCGGCGUCGGCGGCAGCACGGGCCGCCGCAGAGGCAGCGGCAGCAGCAGAUGGACAGAGCGAGGCUGCUGCAAGGGGGGCGGCCGCUGCCGCUGCUUCUGCUGCGACUGCGGCUGCUAACAUGGCAGGGGGCGGUGGAGAAGGGAGUGUGGCAACAGGGCAGGCGAUAGUGAUGCUGCAGGCGGACGGCAGCAACGCCAUCAUCAUUGUGGGCGGGGCGAACAUGGCGUGGAGCAAGAGGCGCGUGGAGGGCAGGGGUGGGGGGCGCAGGGAGUCGUUCUUCAGCGAGCAGGCGAGGGAGGCGAUCCGCGGGGCGGGCAUGGUGCUGCUGCAGAGGGAGCUGCCGGACGACGUCAAUGCUGAAGCCGCGGAGCUGGCAGGGGCAGCGGGAGUGCCAGUGGUGCUGGACAUGGGGGGCAUGGACGGGCCUCUACCAGACGCCAUGGUGCGGCGCGUGGCAGUGAUGAGCCCCAACGAGACGGAGCUGUCUCGCCUCACAGGCCUGCCCGUCUCCUCCAUCCCCGACGCCGAGAGGGCUGCGCUCACCUUGCUGGCCAAGGGAGUGCCCAAGGUGCUGGUGAAGCUGGGCAGCAGUGGCUCCUUGCUCGUGUCCUCCUCCCCUCUCGCACCCGCCUCCUCCUCCUCGCCCCUCUCUGCCACUCUCACCACGGGUACGGAUGGCUCGGGGCGUCAUGUGUGGCAGCUGCGGCAGCCAGUGGUGCCGGCGCGCACAGUGGUGGACACAACAGGGGCCGGCGAUACCUUCACCGCUGCAUAUGCCGUGGCACUGCUGUCCGGCUCCUCCGAUGCUGAUGCGCUGCUAUUCGCCUCCUGUGCUGCUUCGCUGUGUGUACAAAAGAAGGGAGCCAUGCCAAGCCUCCCAGACCGGGCCGCGGUGCAAGCUUUGGUGCAGCAAUCGCAGAACUCUUGCCGCAUUCACUUGUGCCCUUCGCCGUGCGACAUCCAUUGCCAUAUUUUGCCGCCAGUCGGCAAUCUGCGCAAAGCGUCUUCCCCACUGCAUAUUUCCGCAAUGACCGCCGCCAUGCCAGCGUCAUCCCUCGACCCGCCCGCUCGUCGCUGGUCCUUCGCGCCCACUGCCGUCUUGGCCUGCUGCUUCUCCGCCUCGCCUGCGGACCGGGAAUGCGCGGGAAAUCACGGUAAACCGCAACGAGCGGUGACUUCAUCGGAUGCAGGUGUUGCUGUGUGCGAUCCCUCGGCGCAUGCCCAUGACCGCGAGGAUCGCAACAUCGCAUGUGCCCAAUCAUACAACACUCACAGCGUCGGAGCAAACGGUAUCCGCAAAUUCGAUGGCAGCAGCUCGGAGACCCCGGAUGCCAAAGGCGCUGUCGGCUCGCGUUGCCCUGCGCCACAUGCGGACGCCAGGCGUAGCGCCACUGCCGGAGCCGGAUCCGGAAAAUGCGCCGACGGGCUCGCCGGUGAGGGCGGUCGGAGUCGGCUCUCCCGCUUGCUGUCUUCGAUCCGCCGCAAGCGCCGCCGGCAGCCAGGCUCGCGGGGGGGACAGCCGCACGGCGGUGGGCAACGCGACGCGGAAAGGAGGGUGGGAGGGGAGGGCGGAGAGCCGGCGCCUGGUCCAGACGAGGCGCGGGACGUGUGGGAGGCGGCGGAGACCGGCGGGCUGAGCGCGUGGGUGGUGCCCGCGGUAGCGGCGGCUAACGCGGCGACGGCUGCGCUGGGCGACCUUGUUAUGGGCGGCGGGCGCUUCUGCUUCCCGUCCCACCGGACCUUCCCGCCGCUCGCAUCACUGAGCCGCUCCCGCAGCGUCAGUAGCGCCCACGAUGCCGCGGCGGAUAGUUCGCGCAGCCGCGGAAGCGUGUUGGGGCGGAACGCCAGCCUUGAGCGGAAUGCGGGUGGCGAAUCCGCGCGUGCUGGCGCAAGCCAAGGGGGAGGCGCAGAGACAGGCGACUGGGAGAAGAGCGAGAGGCGCGGCACAGACGCGCCUCAAGAAAGCGGAGCGCGCGAGGAUUCGACGUGGGAGAUUGAAGGGCAGUCGACGGCGGCCGCGGAUAGCGAAGGCCGUGAGGAGGAGGGGGUGACGCGUGGAGGGCAGGAGGGGGGAUCUGUACCUGUGGCGGAGGCGGGAGAGCGAAUUGUGGGGGCGAUCUGCGAUGGUGACGCGGGCGCGGAUGCGGACGAGGGUGGGGAUGCGCUGAGAGCUGCUGAGAUGGGCUCGGACGGGCCUGCGGGAGGGGGUAGCACGUGCCAAGCUAGGGACUCGGAGGAGUGCGGGGACGGGGAGAAGGCGUCGGCAGCGGGUCUAGAGAAACGCUUGCUUCCCCAGGAGGCGAAAGGGGAGGAGGAAGGUAGCGAGGAGAGUAAAGCGGGCAGGAAUGGGAUCACGGGUGGUGCGUUGGAGGGCAGUGCUGGCGCGGCUACUGGCAACGGCGCGAGGCGGGCGGGCAAGCCGGUGAAUCGCGCGUGGCACCACAGGGGCGCGUCGGAGGGCGAGGGGGCGAGCGCGCGCCCCUCCUCCAGCAGUGGUGCCGUCAGCGCCUCCCCCAUGCCUCCCCUGCCGCCCCGACCGCAAACGUCCGCAGCGGUGAGGGAUGGGAAGGGCGGAGGGGAAGGGGCGCGGGCAAUACAGGGCGGGGGAGAUGUGCAGGUGCUGCGGAUGGAGUGGGGGAGUGGCGGGGAGGCGGGGUGGGUAGUGAGGCACGGGCGACAGCAGCGCAGGCAGCUGCAGGCACAGCAGGAGGAGGAGGAGGAAGAGGCGCAUGUGGAGGAGAGCGAGGAGGUGCAUGCGGUGGGUGAGGGCUCGCCGCACUCGCAUGCCAGUGCGAGUGGCAGUGGGGGCCGGCAUGGUGCAGGUGAAGUUGACACGGCAGCGGGGAGCGGUGGUGGCAGCAGCAGGAUGAAGUCGGGGUGGGGAGGGGAUGGCAGGGAAGCAUGUGUGCGGCAUGCUCGGUCGCGGUCCAUGGCAGUGAGCCUGCCGUCCUCCUCCACGCUCGUCCACGUGCACCCCUUCCAGCAACGCGUUCGCAUGUUCACCACCGCCUCCACAUCCCCCUCCGCGCACGCUCCCCCGACGCUCACUGCCUCCGCUGCCCCGGUGCCUGCUGACCGCGCAUGUGUACGGUCAGUCGGUGCGCGCCCGAGCACUGAAGGGUGGCCGGAGCACACAGCGGAGGCUGGAGCACCCAUGCUGCAGGCGUCGCCGCGAGUGCAGAUGCUGCAGCGCCCCCAUUCCGCUGGUGGACGGCGCCCCAACUGCAGCUGCCUGAGCUGCAGCGGUGGCAGCGGUGGUGCCAUGCGUCAUAGCGCUGGCCCCCUCGCUCCUUGCACUCGCGACCGCAGUGAUGACAAGAGCGCACUGCACAGCCAGCCGUGGGGCGACAGCGGGCAAGCACUCGAGCCACCCUCUGCGCAUGAGGGCUCUGGGCUCCCUGCUCUCGAUGCAGGCACUGACAGUCUGGUGCCACUGGCCCCAUGCUCCCCUGCUCACAGCAGAGGCGCAGUGCCACGGAGUGCCAGUGGCAGUGCUGGUCGCAGCAACAUACUGAGGAGCAGCAGUGGGAGCAGUGCCGCCAGGCCCGUGCGCCGGGUUGCAGAGAGUGACGCGCAUAGCACCAGCUCCCCAACCACCUUCCACGGAUCCCCUGCCCCUACCAAUCGCAGCCCCAUGCGCCCCCCCCUGGCUGCCGUCCCUUGGGAGCAGGGAGUGGCGGGUGGUGGAAGAUCAGGGGUGGCACAGUCAGGCGUGGGCAGGCCGGGCAGGACGAGGAAGGUGAGGCGGUGGGCGAGUGAGGACUUCAGGGAUGCCAUGGGCGUGGGGCAGUCGCCAGGCAGUAUGCCGCAGGCGGGGGGGAGGGAGGCAGGGAGUGGGAGCGAGAGGGAGGCGGGCACGGUAAGAAGUAGUGCCCCGUGGGCCAGCAGAGGGCAGGCCAUGGACAGUGCGGGGGAGUUGAUGCAGCAGUCUGAGUGGAUGGGGGAGGAGAGGGGGUCAAGGUGGGCAGUGGAGGGGUUUGGAUCUCCAGUGGGCAGUGGUGAUGAGGCUAGGGAGCACAUGGGCAGAGAGCAGGAGCGGAGGAUGAGAAGGAGGGGGGUAGGGCAGAGGGUAUCACGAGAGAGGGCGACAGGGGUGGUAGAUGACUGGGAGGACCCCGAGUGCAGAAAUGUAGGGAGUGGGGAUAUAGAGAAUGGGGGUGGCAGUGGGCAUGCGAGGGUAGGGGCAGGUCCUCGGGUUGUAGGCAGCAGGCGGCUUCAGAAGCACAGCUACCUAGAUGUGGUGAUGGAGCGCGUAGUGCUAUCCGGUGCAACGCUCGCGUCGCUAGUCCAUGGAUUGGCUGCUGGCGAGACCGAUGGACUUCUUCUCGGCCGCCUGGAGCAGCGCACCACAGCUGUAUACUCCGACGCGCAGGGCGAUGAUGGGCAGAUUUCGCGCAACGAUUUCUGUUUGGUGGUGACUGGAUUUCGGUCGGCUGGUCGCGUCUUAAGCUUCUACGAUGGAACGGGUACUGUGGACGUCGAUCGAGUGCAGCUGCUCCUGGGCCCUUCGGAGAACGAGGGCACCGCACAGGACCCACCGGUCGCCCUCCCCCCUGGGGAGCUCGCUGGCCAGCACUGCACAGGACCCACCGGUCCUCCUCCCCCCUGGGGAGCUCGCUGGCCAGCACCGCACAAGACCCACCGGGCCUCCUCCCCCCUGGUGAGCUCGCUGGCCAGCACCGCACAGGACCCACCGGUCCUCCUCCCCCCUGGGGAGCUCGCUGGCCAGCACCGCAAAGGACCCACCGGGCCUCCUCCCCCCUGCACCGCACAGGACCCACCGGUCCCCCUGGGGAGCUCGCUGGCCAGCACCGCACAGGACCCACCGGUCCUCCUCCCCCCUGGGGAGCUCGCUGGCCAGCACCGCACAGGACCCACAGAUGGUUGGGACGUGGACGUGGACGUGGACAUGGACGUGGACGUGGACGUGGACAUGGACGUGGACGUGGACGUGGACGUGGACGUGGAGGUGGACGGGGACGUGGACGUGGACGUGGACGUGGAGGUGGACGUGGAGGUGGACGUGGACGUGGACGUGGAGGUGGACGUGGAGGUGGACGUGGACGUGGACGUGGACGUGGACGUGGGCGUGGACGUGGACGUGGACGUGGAAGUGGACGUGGGCGUGGACGUGGACGUGGGCGUGGACGUGGGCGUGGGCGUGGGCGUGGGCGUGGGCGUGGACGUGGGCGUGGACGUGGACGUGGACGUGGGCGUGGACGUGGACGUGGACGUGGACGUGGACGUGGACGUGGACGUGGACGUGGACAUGGACGUGGACAUGGACGUGGACGUGGACGUGGACGUGGACGUGGAGAACUUUGACGUGGACAUGGACGUGGACGUGGACGUGGACGUGGACGUGGUCGUGGACAUGGACGUGGACGUGGACGUGGACGUGGACAUGGACGUGGACGUGGACGUGGACGUGGACAUGGACGUGGACAUGGACGUGGACGUGGACGUGGACGUAGACGUGGACGUGGACGUGGACGUGGACACGGACGUGGACGUGGACGUGGACGUGGACGUGGACACGGACGCGGACGUGGACGACUUGGACGUGGACAUGGAGGUGGACGUGGAUGUGGUCGUGGACGUGGACGUGGACGUGGACGUGGUCCUGGUCGUGGACGUGGUCGUAGACGUGGACGUGGUCGUCCACGAAGUGGACUUGGACGUGGACGUGGACGUGGACGUGGACAUGGUCGUGGACGUGGACGUGGACAUGGACGUGGUCGUGGUCGUGGACGUAGACGUGGUCGUGGACGUGGACGUGGACGUGGACGAGGAGGACGUGGACGUGUACGUGGAGGACAUGGACGUGGACGUGGACGUGGACAUGGUCGACUUGGACGUGGUCAUGGACGUGGACGUGGACGUGGUCGUGGACGUGGACGUGGACGUGGACGUGGUCCUGGUCGUGGACGUGGUCGUAGACGUGGACGUGGCCGUCCACGACGUGGACUUGCACGUGGACGUGGACGUGGACGUGGUCGUGGACGUGGACGUGGACAUGGACGUGGUCGUGGACGUAGACGUGGUCGUGGAUGUGGACGUGGACGUGGACGCGGAGGACGUGGACGUGGACGUGGAGGACGUGGACGUGGACUUGGACGUGGACGUGGACGUGGACGUGGACGUGGACGUGGACGUGGACAUGGUCGUGGACGUGGACGUGGACGUGGACGUGGACGUGGACGUGGACGUGGACGUGGACGUGGACGUGGACAUGGACGUGGACGUGGACGUGGACGUGGACAUGGUCGUGGACGUGGACGUGGACGUGGACGUGGACGUGGACGUGGUCGUAGACGUGGACAUGGACGUAGACAUGGACGUGGACGUGGACGUGGACGUGGUCGACUUGGACGUGGACAUGGACGUGGACGUGGACGUGGUCAUGGACGUGGACGUGGACGUGGACGUGGUCCUGGUCGUGGACGUGGUCGUAGACGUGGACGUGGCCGUCCACGACGUGGACUUGCACGUGGACGUGGACGUGGACGUGGACGUGGUCGUGGUCGUGGUCGUGGACGUAGACGUGGUCGUGGAUGUGGACGUGGACGUGGACGCGGAGGACGUGGACGUGGACGCGGAGGACGUGGACGUGGACGUGGACGUGGACGUGGACGUGGACGUGGACGUGGACGUGGACGUGGACGUGGACAUGGUCGUGGACGUGGACGUGGACGUGGACGUGGACGUGGACGUGGACGUGGUCGUGGACGUGGACGUGGACGUGGACGUGGACGUGGACGUGGACGUAGACCUGGACGUGGACGUGGACGUGGACGUGGACGUGGACGUGGACGUGGACGUGGACCUGGACGUGGUCGUGGACGUGGACGUGGACGUGGACGUGGACGCGGACGUGGACGACUUGGACGUGGUCAUGGACGUGGACGUGGACGUGGUCGUGGACGUGGACGUGGACGUGGACGUGGUCCUGGUCGUGGACGUGGUCGUAGACGUGGACGUGGCCGUCCACGACGUGGACUUGCACGUGGACGUGGACGUGGACGUGGUCGUGGACGUGGACGUGGACAUGGACGUGGUCGUGGUCGUGGACGUAGACGUGGUCGUGGAUGUGGACGUGGACGUGGACGCGGAGGACGUGGACGUGGACGUGGAGGACGUGGACGUGGACGUGGACGUGGACGUGGACGUGGACGUGGACAUGGUCGUGGACGUGGACGUGGACGUGGACGUGGACGUGGACGUGGACGUGGACCGUGGACGUGGGGACGUGGACAUGGACGUGGACGUGGACGUGGACGUGGACAUGGUCGUGGACGUGGACGUGGACGUGGACGUGGACGUGGACGUGGACGUGGACGUGGUCGUAGACGUGGACAUGGACGUGGACAUGGACGUGGACGUGGACGUGGACGUGGUCGUGGACAUGGACCUGGACGUGGACGUGGACGUGGACGUGGAGUGGUCAUGGACGUGGAUGUUGACGUGGACGUGGGCGUGGACGUGGUCGUGGACGUGGAGGACUUGGACGUGGACAUGGACGUGGACGUGGACGUGGUCCAUGGACGUGGACGUGGACGUGGACGUGGUCCUGGUCGUGGACGUGGUCGUAGACGUGGACGUGGCCGUCCACGACGUGGACUUGCACGUGGACGUGGACGUGGACGUGGACGUGGUCGUGGACGUGGACGUGGACAUGGACGUGGUCGUGGUCGUGGUCGUGGACGUAGACGUGGUCGUGGAUGUGGACGUGGACGUGGACGCGGAGGACGUGGACGUGGACGCGGAGGACGUGGACGUGGACGUGGACGUGGACGUGGACAUGGACGUGGACGUGGACGUGGACGUGGACGUGGACGUGGACGUGGACGUGGACAUGGUCGUGGACGUGGACGUGGACGUGGACGUGGACGUGGACGUGGUCGUGGACGUGGACGUGGACGUGGACGUGGACGUGGACGUGGACCUGGACGUGGACGUGGACGUGGACGUGGACGUGGACGUGGACGUGGACGUGGACGUGGACGUGGACCUGGACGUGGUCGUGGACGUGGACGUGGACGUGGACGUGGACGUGGACCUGGACGUGGUCCUGGACGUGGACCUGAACGUGGACGUGGACGUGGACGUGGACGUGGACGUGGACGUGGACGUGGACGUGGACGUGGACGUGGAUGACGUGGACGUGGACGUGGACAUGGACGUGGACGUGGACGUGAAUAUGGACGUGGACGUGGACGUGACGUGGACAUGGACGUGGACGUGGACGUGA